GACUGCGAUAAGGGUAAAAGGAAACUCCUUCCUGACUAUUUACUUCGGUUUUCUUUUCCGCUUUUUAGAGCGCAUUUUCUAAACUUUGAACUAUUCGAGAUCUUACUAUCUUUUAAAAACAACGCUGUAGUCUGCAUAAUAGGAUUCUUCAUUAGUGGAAGUUCAUUUCAAGUAGCGCAAGGAUUUCCAUUAACGCUUUUCGGACCACUGAAAACAUUUAUGAUUAAGAUAUUUUGGCAUCCUAUACAUUAGAAGUAAAUCGAUUCACAAUGAAUAAUAAUGGAACCACCAUGUCGGAUUACGAGCGGAUACGUAUUGUGAUUUUGGGUGGUGCAGGUGUUGGAAAGAGUUGCAUUGUAAAACGAUUCCUAACCAAUACUUACACAGAUAAAUACAGAAGUACAGUGGAAGACCUAUAUAACCGUGAAUACGAUUUAGGACAUAUGACAUUAAAAGUGGACAUUCUGGAUACGGCAGGCGAUAUGCAGUUUCCCGCAAUGAGAAGAUUGUGCAUUGCCACAGCUCACGCCUUCCUCCUAGUUUACGCUGUUACAUCGGCGCCGUCUUUUACUUGUAUUAAACAAUGCUUUGAAGAAAUUCGAGAACAAAGGGCUGAUUUUCAAGAUGUACCUAUUGUUGUGGCUGGAAACAAACUUGAUCUUACAACAACGCACAGAGAAGUUCGCAUUGAAGAUGUUUCGGAGUGGGUUUAUUGCGAGCUUCCAAAACUAAGAGUAAAGGUUUUAGAAGUGUCUGCUAAGGACGACAUUAACGUUAAAGAAAUCUUUCGAUCAUUUUUAACGUUAUCGAGGAUAUUUCCAAAAGACGCAGACGAAAUAACCGGAUUAAAAAGAAGAUCCAGUGCUUACGUUUCGGCGAGUAGUAAAGGAGGUCGAAGAACCGAAAGUCCGGCGCUAGAAAAAGAGAAAACAAGUUCCGCGGGAGAGGGCAGCAACUCUUUAGGAGAAUCAAGAGCAAAACCACGCUCCAGGUCAUUAAUUCGAAGAUCUAGUAGGAAGACCAAGCAACAAAUACGUGAUGCGCACAACACGACCGAAGAAUGUAUUGUAUCGUAAGACUGUUUAAUAUGUACAUUAAAAUUUAUGAAAAACAAACAAAAUCUCCGUCUAAAUUUUUAUUAGUUUUAUAACUAUUGGACGUUAGGUGUUAAUUAGAUGUUUAAUGGGUGUUUGCAACUGAAUGUGACAUGAAAUAAUGUUAGGUAUGCCACAGUAAACUAGGUGUUAUUGCGAGCCUCAGAUUAACAUCUAGAUUUUUGUGGACAAUCCCCCAUGUCUGUGAUCUGUAAUAUCAAAUUUUCUCAAUCUACAAAGUGAACCAGUUUAAAUGCACACCCCCUUGCAAUUUACAGUACAAAUUUAUCGGAUUUCGAUUCAACUUUCGGUACACGUUAAAAUGUCUUUGGUUGGAGGUCGGAGGACGUGAGCAUUAUUAAUUAGAACACAUAGUACAUUUAAUUACUUUAUAAUGAUGUGUUGUUUAUGAUUAGAUUAGAAUCUGAUGAUUCUAGUGAAAUUUAUUCGCGGAUCAAAUAAUGAACAUAUCUGUGGCCUCGAUGCUAUUACAUUAUUUCCCCAUGUCAAAUAUAGGCAAUUUAAAUAGACUGAAAUAAAAAUAUGUACCUAGGUAAUUAAGACACAGAGAUCGUUCUAAAACUAAAAGAUAAUGACACAGAAACCCGUUUUGAAACGAAUGAAAAUAUACUAUCUAAAAUCAAAAUGGCAUCUAUUAUGUUGUGUUGGAAGUAUUCAUAACUGUUCCUCACAUCAUGUUGAGGGUGGAUGUUUUUAUUUAUGUAAUGUAUUUCGUGCAAUCGCGAAAUUUCGGAUUAACCGAUGCACGUCUCACCAUCUUUUAAGCUUUACAUAUAUACAUUUUUUACAUACGCAUGGAAGAUCUCAUAAGCCAUUUAACUUUAAAUGCUGCUGCUAAAUGUACUUCUCAAAACGGAAAUAAUAGAAGAGGUAGAAGUUAUUUAAGUAUAUAUAGUAAGUAAUUUAUUAUCUAUGGGUUUCAUUGUAAUUUUUUUAAAACAUAUGAUGUACACUGAAUUACUUUCAAUUUAUUAUGGUAAUGAAGGUCUUGACUUGUUUGAUAAAUUGAUGCAUGUUCAUUAUUAUUUUCUCAAUGUUGGAUAUCUAAUUCACAUCAUUAAAAUGGAGGAAUAUUGAACAUUUCAAUUUAUGCAACAACCCAAUUCCUGUUUAUUUAAUUGCAAUGUACCUAUAUCACCAUCUUAUCACCAACUUUUAUGUACAUAUAUUCAUUUAACAAUUUAAGGUGCAUUUUGAUUAAUUAGCAUUUAUGAAACAAAGGGACAAAAUAAAUUCCUUUAAAUUUCAAUUAACUAAUUAAAAUGCACUAUUAAUAACGAAAAUGUUUUUUCGUAGUAAUAUGAUUUCCAUAAUAUGAUGUGUUUAGACACAAAUACGUCGUUAAUACCUAUACAAAAUAUUUUAGGAAUAUAGGUACCUACUGCUGCUUCAAUUGCUGUUGUCACCUACCUACCUAGUUUUAUUGGUAUUAACUAAUCGAAAUUUGUGGUGUGAUACUAGUGUUAUAAAAAAUAUUGAAGGUGAUGUUGCGUUGACAUUUCAUGAUGAAUUACAACAUAAAAUUAUAAAUGAGAUUUAAAA